UUUGUAAAUCUUAGUUUCUGGUGAAACAAGGCAAAAAAUUCAGUUAGAGAUGAUUUUUCAUAUAUUCUUCUUAUCUUUGUUCUUCGUGCAAUCAUUUUGCGAAGAAUUUCCAAGAAGAUUUUGUAAGAGUACAGACGUAGAAUGUAUGCGGAACAAGCGAACUUGGGCUUGGGCGGAUUCCAUUCUGAACAAGAGGAUACGUCGUCCAAACGAAGACGCUAUUUCUGCUAGAAGGAUGACAGACGACUUACCACUUGCAGAUGAUAUAUUACACGACAUUACAUCCAAGUUAGAUGAUCUUCCUUCUAUCGUAAACCUUUCGGAUGAUUCGUCUGAUUUUAGCGAACCCGUCGAACGUCCUGAGGCAGUGGCUUGUCCAGGGUUGAAUAAUCACGGAGCAUUUGUGAAAGAACACCCACAUAUUUUGCAUAAUAUCCCAAUGAAUAAGAAGGUGGUUAAAAAUUCUGUUUCUGAUGAUGAUCAUGCAAAUAAUGAAAAUUAUGAAUCCAUUCGUAAACUGAUUGUUCCUGAAAAUAGAAUUGGAGGGGGACCUUAUGGUUAGAGUAUAAACGAGGAAUCACUAUUUCCCGGAAAACCACCCAUAUGAUGACAAACUGAUCUCUGAACUAAGAUUUAAUUAAAUUUAAUAAGUUUGGCUUAAGAUAUCUAAAAAAUGAAUGAAGCUCACUAUUAUGCAUUGUAUAAAAAAUACCUGAAAUAUAUUAACCAUUUAGAGAUUCAAAA